UGCACUUCAGCGUGGGUGACAGAGCAAGACCCUGACUCCCCACAAAAAAAACAAAAAACAAAGGAAAGAAAAGGAAAAUAAACAAACUUGAGUGCUCUGUGAACACAGCAUCAGGAAUGGAGAGGGUGUCAGAGACUGUCUUGUAACCAGUGGUUGAAGGAACAGAGAAAGGUUAACCUGGAGAAGAGAAAAACAAGGAAAGACACAAAAGCUGCAUUUAGAUAUCUGAAAGACGUUUGUUACUCUAGAAAACGCAGAACUAAAAGAAAUUAUAGAGAAAGAGAUUUGGGCUCAAAACAAGAAUUUUCUUCCAGAUACCCCUAGCCCACAGUGGAACCUGUGGCUUCAUUUAGUAACAGUGAACCCCCUGUUACUAGAAUGAGAGUCAUUGUCUUUUUGGGCCAUGUUUGGUGGGGGGCUGCUGUAGACAAGACUGCUGCACUGUGCAGAAGCACAAACCAGAUAACCCUAGUAUUUUAAAGAAUCAGAGUCCUCACUCCAUGCAGAAUCACAGUCAGGAUGAUCUUGGGACAUCAACUGCAACCGCCAUGCUGGGUCUGCUUGGCUUGGUACUCAGCAGUCAUCUGGCCACAGGCUACAGGAUAAAGCUGGGGCUGGGGUGAAAAGAAGGGAGCCAGCUACUUCCUCAAGGAGGCUGUUCAGUGAAACAGAAGGAGCAUUGGAUCAAGUCCCAGUCCAUGUGCUUCCUGGUCUCUUGCUAGCUGUGUGAGUGGCUCCCUCAAAGCCUGCAUUUCUUGCCAUGCAAAAUGGAAAUGAUAUUGUUCACUUCACAGAAUUGCUGAGGUUUAAGGAAGAUGAAGGAGUCCUUUGUGGAUGGCAAUGUGCUGUCUGUAGGUGGUUGCUGUCCAGAGCCCCUGCUCCUCGACCGACAACCUCUGAACUCAGUUUUGUCACCAGUACGAUGGACAUAAUUUCCUUCCUUGCAGGUGGCUUUGAACUGGAUGAGUAAAUAAAAUGUUAUAUAUAAAAGUCCCCAGCAGAGUACCUGCCACAGAGUAGAUGAUCGUGUUGUCAGCCUCCACCCUCUGGAGCUGAGGAAGACAGUAGAGGAGUGUCCUUUCUCACCCACCUCUGCCAGUCAAGUUCUCGGAAGGUUCUCUUUUACCUGCCUGCAUACCUGACCUCAUGCUCGCAUUCCUCUCCUGCUUCCCUGUCACCUUAACAUGGAGUCGUCUUCUCUGCUUUUUCUUCUUCCUUCCUCUUCUGCUUCCAUCUUUUCCUAAUACUCUUUUCUUCCUUAUCUCCCGCUAAUUUCCCUAAUUGCCGCCUUGUCUGCAUUCUGUAAAGGAUUAUUCUAAUGAGCACAAAGUUUAAAAUAAUAUUCUCAGUAACUUUUUUGUUCAAAACAAGAUGUUAUAUGCAGCAUUUUGGGGAGGGAGUGGUGAGUCCUUUUCCAUUUUCCUCUGCAUUUGCUUAAAGUCUUUUUUUUUUUUACGUUAACAUUUUCCCAUUCUUGCAUCCCUUGGGCUUGUAGUCAUUAACUUGCCAGACACACAGCAACUGAUUGUCUUUAUGACGUUGCUAAAGUUAGGAGAGUGUCAUUCACAGGGAACUUAACCCAUAUAUUAACUCAGACAUAGCAAAUUGCUAAAUACGUGCCUUUAAAUAAAGAGCUUCAGAAUGCCAAUUUGAUUCUCUUGUUCACAUCCUCUCUCAUUGAAAGGGGGUUGCUGAAACAGAAAAAGCAACGGGAAGGGGAGGAGAAAUUUCAACUGUUUUACUGAGUCAGAAAUUGGAACACUGCCAUCCGGAUACAGGCAUCUCAUCCAUCCUUCCAUCCAUCCACUCAGUGUUCAGGAACCAAGUCCUUGUCUCAGACCCAGCAGCGGACUGUGGGGCACACACUGAAGUAAAAGAAGAAAAACGCAAGUGGAAGAGACUUCCCAGAUCAGCAGGAACUGGAAUAUGUUCAAGUCUUGGCAGAGCCAGGGUGUGAACGGCAUGUCUGUGGAUGAGAAGCCUGACUCCCCCAUGUAUGUAUAUGAGUCCACAGUCCACUGCACCAACAUCCUCCUGGGCCUCAAUGACCAGCGGAAAAAGGAUAUUCUCUGUGACGUGACUUUGAUCGUGGAAAGGAAGGAGUUCCGGGCCCACCGGGCUGUGCUGGCCGCAUGCAGUGAAUACUUUUGGCAGGCGCUGGUCGGACAGACAAAAAAUGACUUGGUGGUCAGCUUACCUGAGGAGGUCACAGCCAGGGGCUUUGGGCCGCUGUUACAGUUUGCCUACACUGCCAAGCUGUUACUCAGCAGAGAAAACAUCCGCGAGGUCAUCCGCUGUGCUGAGUUCCUGCGCAUGCACAACCUAGAGGACUCCUGCUUCAGUUUCCUGCAGACCCAGCUCCUGAACAGUGAGGAUGGCCUGUUUGUGUGCCGGAAGGAUGCUGCAUGCCAGCGCCCGCACGAGGACUGUGAGAACUCUGCAGGAGAGGAGGAGGAUGAAGAGGAGGAGACGAUGGAUUCAGAGACGGCCAAGAUGGCUUGCCCCAGGGACCAGAUGCUUCCAGAGCCCAUCAGCUUUGAGGCCGCCGCCAUCCCCGUAGCAGAGAAGGAAGAAGCCCUGCUGCCCGAGCCCGACGUGCCCACGGACACCAAGGAGAGCUCAGAAAAGGACGCGUUAACGCAGUACCCCAGAUACAAGAAAUACCAGCUUGCAUGUACCAAGAAUGUCUAUAAUGCAUCAUCACACAGUACCUCAGGUUUUGCAAGCACAUUCCGGGAAGAAAACUCUAGCAACAGCCUCAAGCCAGGGCUUGCCAGGGGGCAGAUUAAAAGUGAGCCGCCCAGUGAAGAGAAUGAGGAAGAGAGCAUCACACUCUGCCUGUCUGGAGAUGAGCCUGAUGCCAAGGACAGAGCGGGGGAUGUCGAGAUGGACCGGAAACAGCCCAGCCCUGCCCCUACCCCCAUGGCCCCAGCUGGGGCCGCCUGCCUGGAGAGAUCCAGGAGCGUGGCCUCGCCCUCCUGCUUAAGGUCUCUGUUCAGCAUAACGAAAAGUGUAGAGCUGUCUGGCCUGCCCAGUACAUCUCAGCAGCACUUUGCCAGGAGUCCAGCGUGCCCUUUUGACAAGGGGAUCACUCAGGGUGACCUUAAAACUGACUACACCCCUUUCACAGGGAAUUAUGGACAGCCCCACGUGGGCCAGAAGGAGGUGUCCAACUUCACCAUGGGGUCGCCCCUCAGGGGGCCUGGGUUGGAGGCUCUCUGUAAACAGGAGGGAGAGCUGGACCGGAGGAGCGUGAUCUUCUCCUCCAGCGCUUGUGACCAAGUGAGCACCUCGGUGCAUUCUUAUUCUGGGGUGAGCAGUUUGGACAAAGACCUCUCUGAGCCGGUGCCAAAGGGUCUGUGGGUGGGAGCUGGCCAGUCCCUCCCCAGCUCACAGGCCUACUCCCACGGUGGGCUGAUGGCCGACCACUUGCCAGGAAGGAUGCGGCCCAACACCAGCUGCCCGGUGCCAAUCAAAGUCUGCCCUCGCUCACCCCCCUUGGAGACCAGGACCAGGACUUCCAGCUCCUGCUCCUCCUAUUCCUAUGCGGAGGACGGGAGCGGGGGCUCGCCCUGCAGCCUCCCUCUCUGUGAGUUCUCCUCCUCGCCCUGUUCCCAGGGAGCCAGAUUCCUUGCCACAGAACAUCAGGAACCAGGCCUGAUGGGAGACGGAAUGUACAACCAAGUGCGGCCCCAGAUUAAAUGUGAGCAGUCUUACGGAACCAACUCCAGUGACGAAUCCGGAUCGUUCUCGGAAGCAGACAGUGAGUCGUGUCCUGUGCAGGACAGGGGCCAGGAGGUAAAACUUCCUUUUCCUGUAGAUCAAAUCACAGAUCUUCCAAGGAACGAUUUCCAGAUGAUGAUUAAGAUGCACAAGCUAACCUCAGAACAGUUAGAGUUCAUUCAUGAUGUCCGACGGCGCAGCAAGAACCGCAUCGCGGCCCAGCGCUGCCGCAAGAGGAAACUGGACUGUAUUCAGAAUUUAGAAUGUGAAAUCCGCAAAUUGGUGUGUGAGAAAGAGAAACUGUUGUCAGAGAGGAAUCAACUGAAAGCAUGCAUGGGGGAACUGUUGGACAACUUCUCCUGCCUUUCCCAGGAAGUCUGCCGAGACAUCCAGAGUCCCGAGCAGAUCCAGGCCCUGCAUCGGUAUUGCCCUGUCCUCAGACCCAUGGACCUGCCCACAGCCUCCAGUAUUAACCCUGCGCCCUUGGGUGUUGAGCAGAACAUUGCAGCCUCCCAAUGCGCAGUGGGGGAAAAUGUGCCCUGCUGCUUGGAGCCAGGCGCAGCUCCCCCCGGGCCCCCCUGGGCACCCAGCAACACCUCCGAGAAUUGUACCUCUGGGAGGAGGCUAGAAGGCACUGACCCCGGAACCUUCUCAGAGAGAGGAGGACCUCCUCUUGAACCCAGGAGCCAAACAGUGACCGUGGACUUCUGCCAGGAAAUGACUGAUAAGUGUACAACUGACGAACAGCCCAGGAAAGAUUACACCUAGUGACUCGGCUCUGCCUCCCGGUCUGCACACCUCUCUCAUCCAGGCAUUCUUCAGUCAGCCUGUGGCACUGUUCAUCUGCUGUCCCGAAGAAACCGAGAACACAUUUGGUGCACACUACAGCGGUCUUAGCAGCAAUACUGUUCCGAAGUAGUCUCUCCUCUUCUCGAGCAGGAGUGAUAGAUAGUUACCUUCACAAUGGUGCUACCCCUUGCCCAGGCAAGGAAAGACAGCAGUGAUGACACUGUCUGUCUGUGGCUCAAUUUCAGUCUUCACAGGGAUAGACUACAACACCUCUAGGCCCCAACCACGGAUUUUUUUUCUCAGUGGCCCAUGUCACAAACCCUAUCUCAGGAAUUUCUUCUGAAUGUUCAAUUUUUUUCAUUGAAGACAGCUUCUAUACACAUCAAAGUUUUAUAGCUAGACUGUACAUAUUAUAUAUAAUAUAUAUAUAAAAUAUAUAUAUAUAUCCAUAUGCAAAAGUCCUGCAUGCCUCAACUUUCUCAUCCUAAAACUGGAAACUUAUUUCUCAUUUAGAAACAGGUUCCAACAUUCCUCUUCUUUUGUCUCUGAUGCUAGAACUAGUUUGGUAACUGUUAACAUGGUCAUUUUUCUUGCUUCAUAGUUCAAUUUUCAAUUUGUGCUUAUUUAUGGACAAAAUUCAGUGUUAGAAGCUUUUUCCCAAGGUUUUAGUUCAGAUUUCUUUUUCGUUUGGUUUGGUUUUGGCACCGCCACGUGGUGUCAUUUGAGUAUUGUGGGUUUGUUUUUUGUUUGUUGGGUGGGGGGGGGGUUGUUUGUUUUUGGUUUUUUUGUUUUUUUCCUUGCAGAUACUGUACAGUGAUGGUCAACUUUGCCACUUGCACUGAGUUUUGGGUCAAACCUAUUUUCUUAAAUGAAGUUGUAACUUCAGUAUAACUCAAGUAUACUGUAUGUUCUUUGCUUUUAGUUUAAAAAGUAAAACAUUUUAGCUAAUUAAAAAGCACUCAGGUGAUAAUUAUGUAGGAAAAACAAUCUUGCCAAAUAAUGAAUUCAUCCUAGGAUGUGUAGACAAUAAUCUGCUUGAAUAUUUUUAUAUUUCACCUCCUCCCCACCUUUCCCUAAGCAAAAUUUAAAUGCAGAUAGAGAGUUCAGAGUUGAUGCUGGAUGUUCAGAUUCCUACGUGGGGAGAGAGUUUGGACAUCUCACUCAAAAGUACAUCAGAAAAACAGGAAUCCAUGAUUUUAUACCAGAACUCAGCAGGCAUUGGCUCCUAGAAAUCAAGCUAGAACGUUUUCACCCAGGGAGUAAGUCCCAUUCAUUUCAACACGUCCUGAGGCCUCGGCUUGCUCUGGAAGUGUUGUGCUGUAGGACCUGCCCCCCCAAAGGACGGGGCCAACCAGCCACCGGCUUUCCUGCCCAGGCUCGGCCUCCCAGGACAUCUGGCCUGAGGGGAUUUGAAUCACAGCCCCGAAGGUCCUGCCUUCACCCUGUUGGGAGAGAGCAGGGCAUCCUGGCAUCUGCGAUCCAUCCCUGACACAGGCUGACACAUUCUUUCUCCUUUCCUUCUCCAAAGGCUUGGCGUUGUCUUCUGAGGUUUUUCUGCCAGUCUCUUGUCUGAAGGCAGACUUCAUUCUGAGGCUUUGGACAAGCUAUCACCGGGAGCCCUCCCUGUCCCCUUCCCGAAUCACACAUAUACCCUACCCUCACCUGAUGAUAAUUUUCUCUUCUUGCUGCAAAACUGGUUGACUUGCAACCCAGAGAGAGCAGCUUCCCUUGGCUCUGGGGGCGUGUUGGCCCCAGCCACGUUUACAGGAAGGUGUGCCCCAGAGGAGGAGGAAUCAGCUCCCUCGCUCCAGUGGCCUUGGGUCUGGGUCUCACUGAGCAGCCCGAGGGCCACUCCAGCCCGGCUGGGGAAGAGAGUCCUGAACGGUUUGAUGUGGGGAUGGGGUGGUGGGCAGUGGGGAAUAGAUGGUUGACUUUGUUUCUUUCUUUGUGCCAUUGUUUGGACAAUAUUAAAGCUGCAUGUAAAAGGGGAAAUUAGUGUACGAUGUAGGCGAACAGUGAAAUCAUAGUAACAUAUGUUUUAGUAUUAUUAACUUUUUUCUGUACAAAUAUUAGCACUAAAUGUUUAAAUAUGUAUGAAUGCCAGAAAUUUGUCAGUUCAUGCAGUAGGAUAAAAAAAAAAAAAAAAAAAGGCUCUUUUUAAACAGUUCCACUUUUAAAACCUGCCUCUGGGUUUCUGUUUUUUCUCGUGUGUGUGUGUGUGUUUGUGUGUGUGCGUGUGUGUGUGCUUGUCUGAAACAGAUCUUGAUAAAGCUCUGUGUUGGAGCUGCUGGUUUUUGUUAUGGUUGUUGGAAUUUCUUGGCCUACUAGGACAGUUCUGUGCUUCACCGUGAGGUUUGCCUUUGUGGAAAACUGGUGACAACGAAAAUAUAAACUCAAUGUGAAUCACGUGGUACUUCACAGGCGUGUGUUAUGGUGGAGUCAGCUGACAGUAUUUUGCUUUUUAACUCUAUUGUUGCCUUUCCAAGUGACCUCUCCUCUUCUUUUAGAAAAAGAACACUUUCUGCUCGUAUCAUAACCAGGUCCAACCCAGCUUCUUGGCAUGAGGUUUACCCUGGUAACAACUCAUGUGCAACUGGUAGUCUUGACCACAUUCCAUCCGUUUCCCCAGGUUUCUAUGUUCAGUAGCCCAGACCUGUUUGGCAGUCAUUUCUAGGAGGGGCAGGGUCUCUUUAUUUCUCUCCACCCUAACUCAGACCUCACCCUCCUCCCACCAACCCCUGCCUCGCUUUUCUUCCUCUUCCCCCAACCUAACUUCUGCCAUGGGAACUGGUUAAAAACACUGCUCUAAAAACCAUCUUCCAGUUUCGUAGGGAUUUCUAACAAGUUAUCUCAUUCAUAAUACACCAUGAACCGUGACUAGCUUCGUGCAGUUGUUCAUGUGAUGUGUGCGUGUCUUUUCCUAUUCGGAACUGUGUGCUUGUCAAAAUUAUUUCUGGGUUGAUUCAAAGGGAGGACUUGCUGGGGACCAGAAUCCAAACGGCCUCAAGUGGAAUUUUAAAACCCAGCCUGUCUCUUUUCCCUGGGAUCCGUCGGUCAACCCCACACCUUUUAAGAAAAAAAAAAGCAAGUGAACAGCAAGGAAGAGUAUUUGCACAGUACAGGGACAUUUGGUUGUUUUUAAGGCUCUUUUACAAAAAUAAGAGACCCUCCAACCACAGGCUGUUUAGGAGGAUGCCUGCUUGGGUCUCCAAAUGGCUGGGGUAGGAAUGGUUGUUGGGGCAGAGCCAGUGGAGAUGACCCUGAGACUAAUGAACAUCCCACCUAAAUCCAGUCCUCCCCUUGGAUCUGCCUUUGUCCUGCUUGUGUCUCCAGGCAACCUCUCUUCAAGUUGGUCAGGCUUUGGGCAGGUGAGUGCUUUGCUGUAUGUGUUUGUUUCUCUGUGUUAUCUGGGGGUGCCUUGAUUAAAACUGAACUUCAUUACAUACUGAUUCUGGAACAAAACUGUUAGAAAAAUUUCAAAAAAAAAAAAAAAAAAAGCUGACAAAGUUACGAGGCCAUCCUGCUACUUCUCUUCUCAGUUCCCAGCAAUGACUCAGGCGUCAGAGGCGAUGCUGCAGUGGAAAACCUGACUCUGUGCGUCUGCAACUGUAUGUUGUGCGAGUAAUUUAUUAACUGUCUUUCUAAAGGUUUGCUGCUUUUAAGAUGCACUCUAAUUCAGGAUGUAAUCCUUAUAUUGCUUUUCCGAGGAAGUAAAAAAAAAAGAGGCUAGUGAUUAGUAUGACAACUGCCACUACUCCUUCAAAAGGAGCCAGGACCAGCGACAGGACUCAUAAGAGGACUGGCUAAAGUGAAGUGUGCACAGUGUGAAGUUUAAUGCUGUUGUCAAGAGGCCUAAACCCACAUUUUCUCUUUUAAUAUUUUAUGAUUGCCAUCAAA